AUGUCGUCAAUCAAUAAAAGCUGCAGUUCUGAGUCUUAAAUUGAAUAUUCAGGCUUGGAACUCACGGAGGACAAGAUGGAAAUGGGCAGGGCUUGGAAGACGAUCGUCUUGUGAUUUUCCUUUUUGGAGACCGACGUCAUCAUCGCCGACUUUUGCCGGUUCACGCUCCAGAGUAUCAAAAGGUAUCCGAAUAGGGUGAAAAUUAUUAGAAACACUUUGAUAGAGAAGGCGAUCUUGAAAUGAAAAAUUAAAAUGUCUUGUAAAUUUAUUGAUUCAAUAUUGUUUUUUUCGACUUGCGAACUUCAAGGAAGGGACUCUAGAGUGGCCCCUAUAGAGCCAAUUUCAAGAGCUUUUAAAGAGUACCCUCUAGGGACCACCUCCCAACCCCUAUGGGGGCCACUAAAGCUUGCAAAAGUGGUCCCUAUGGGGGACAUGCUAGUCAGUAACUUUUUUGAAUUCCAUGCGAAGGAUCAUUUUCAUGGAAAAAAAAUAAAUAAGGGUUUUUGAAUAAAAUUGAACGAUCCCCAUAGGGAUCACCUUGUAUUUACCCCUAGGCUGUUUUCCCUCUUGAACCCUAUAGGAACCAUUCUAAAGUUUCUAAGCGCGGUCGUUAAAUCAUAGUCCACGUAUUUUUUUGAAUAUAAUUGAAUAUGCCUUUUUGAAUAAAAAUUUCGUGAAUUUUUGUCAAAUGAACAACUUGAUUUCAAAAGAGAAAAUUUUAAUAUCGGAGCUCUCACCAUGUAAGAAAUAUUCGAUUCAAUAAAAAGAAUUAUCCGUUUUCUGAAACUGUCGUCCCAACGUUUGCAACACAUUUAUAAUGAUUAAAAAAAGAGUGUGGAAACGAUAAUAUUAUUGCAAAAGUCAAGGGCCUGAAAUAAAUAAAAAGUUUUCCUGAUUUUCAAAAGUGAUUCACCACUUGAAAUUCUUGCAAAACCAUGGAGCGACUUGGAAAAAGCUGAAAAGUCGGUGAAGGCACAAAAUAGCGUCGAUAAAUAGUAUAAUAUGGGGACAAUAAAGCAUUGUUAGUAGAUAUAACCCGAAAAAUAUAUAAUUUUCAUCAUUGUCCUCGAUGAAAAUAGUUGUGAUCACUAAAGCUGGGCCUGUGGUACCGAUCAGCGUGAAAAAUUCCAUCCAAGGCACCGCUAUUUAGUAGCGAUUCUGUAGUGUGGGAGGCUGAUUCGUACAAGACUGUCUCAAUGCUUAUUCCAAAGUUGGUUGGGGGAAGAUUCUAGAAUAAGAUAAAGCCCCCCCCCCCCAUUUGGUUCAGCCCCUUUUGCCUUGGUGUGGGGCUUGUUCGGUCGUGGGGGACUGUAACCAGGUGGGAGACGAUUCUCGAGAAUUAUCCCAAUCGGUAUGUUUCACCGAAAUUUUUUUAAAUUUUAAUUAUAGUCAAUGUUUCCCGACUUGAAAGGGCGAGGGAGGCGGGGCAAGGGACGGAACGCGUAGCGUGUGCGUUCGCGGUCCUUGGCACGUGUUCAAUUCAACCGCCAUCGACUCUUUGAAAAAUCCGGUUUUUUUCGCUCUUUUCAUUUUUUUAUUUAAAUUAUUUAUUGAUUAUGUUCAUAUGUUCAUCAAAAAAAUAGUAGAAAACAUUGAAAAAGAGCGGUUGCCGAGCUUCUUAAAUAUUCGGGGACAAUUAAAUUGAACUCGUGCCAAGAGCCGCGAACGCACACGCUACGCGUCCCGCCCCUUACCCCGCCUCCAUCGCCUUUCAGUCGGGAAACAUUGACUAUAGCAGCUUUUUCUUAGAAAUUUGAAGAAACAGUACCAUUGCAAGGUUGAAGUGAGGGUUUCUGAUUAUUUAAAUUUUUUUUAAACGGAGCCGUUUUGCAAUUUAUAGUACCUUCAUCAUUUUUUUCAAACAACAGCCGAAAAAAUAAUUUUAAUAAACUCAAAAUUGCCGUCUGGUCAAAGAAAAUCAAGGUUUUUAAAGUUUCGGUCCAAUUUUAAACCUUUUGAAUCAAGAAAAAUUGUUUUGUCCCACCUUUUUAUCUUCAUCAUAGCAUUUGAUCAGAAAAAAACAUGGACUGUAGGAAGAAGUAAAACUUGAAAUGAAAUAAUAUAGAAAAAGAAGAAAGUGAUAAUGAAAUUCAUCUUCAGAGAAUUCUACUCUAAAACUUGAGCUUUGAAAAAUUGACAGAUGUCACUAGGAGCCGUUCACAAUUACAUGUUAUUUUCUCGAAAGAGGAACGCUAGACGGACGGUUCAAAGAUCGGAAAAUUGUGACUUUUUGGAUGAAAAAAGUUUAUUCAACGGAUGUCACAAAGUUUUCUGGCAUUUUUCUAUCUGAUAUUUUCUUGGACUUGAAGCAAUCUCGAAAGGUAAACGAAGUGAAGAUUUUCCGCUUCUUUGGGUUCCCAAUAAUAAAAGAGAAAGGGACGACAUAACCUGGAAUUUCCUGUAGAGGUCAGAAAAGCGUGUGAUAUUUGUAACCUGAGAAAAGUAUGAAUAUGAGGUAAAGGAAUGACGUUAUUUCCCCCAAUAAAUCGUAGUCAGGAUCUAAUAUUAUCAUGAAGAUGUCAUAAAUUAGAUAAAUCUGCAAGUAUUUUUUUAUAAAAGUCACUUUUUCAGUUGCAACCAAAGAGUACGUCGCAAUGGGUAAAGCCUGAAGGACGAUCGUCCUGUGACUUUCUUUUUUCGCCGCCGAAGUUGUCAUCGCCGACUUUUGCCGGUUCACGCUCCACAGUAUUAACAGGUAACCGGACAAGGUGA